GAACAUAAAACCCGAGGUAGUCCGGUAAAAGUGACCGACUAGUUUAGUAGUAUUUCUAUUCUUCUUCAACCGUAUCCUUUUUCUCUGCCUUUUAGAAACCAUAUCCUUAAUCUAGGGCGCUUUGAUCCUGCUCGGUUCAAGCAAGCUUGAGCCGGGAGACUCUUAAAAAAAGAGCCUCUCUACUUUUAGUACUACUAAGAAAAUGGAGUCAUUUUCCACUGAUAUAGGAAGCAAAUCAAAGCCAUUCACUGAGUUUUUCAGGUUUACUGCGGGUGGUAGUGAAGAUGUGACUAAAAGUCUUGGGAACAAGCCAGCUACUCGUGCCAGGAAUCAGAGAGCUAAAACUCGUCUCCCCAACAAAUUCAACAAAGUUGAAGCAUGUAAUUUUGGGGAGAAAUGCCAUUUCGGCUAUGGCAACAGAAAGUGGGAGCAUAUGAGGCCUACAGGUGUGGGACAGGGGGAGGAUGAUCAUGGUGCGGAACCAUUUGUGUUUAAGCAUGGAACUAAAGCAAUUGUGAUUGAACCCUCCCAAGUUGAAGAAAUCAGCAGGUAUUCGAAGCACAUAUGUGAAGUGACCGGAGUGAAGUUUGCCAUUAAGGACUCACAGUAUGGUGAUCUCAAGAUCGUUGAACUAGAGGGCAGCUCGGAUCAAUUGAAGCAAGCAUUUAAUAUGCUUUAUGUUUUUUUAUUGGCCCUAUGGUAAAUAUGAAUAUGCUCUAUGAAAGUAUAUGAAUAUGCUCUAUUAUGUAUGACAAGGAUUUCAUCCUGAGUUGCUGGUUGUGUACACUAAAAAUCUAUAUAUUCAAACUUUUCUUAUUGUCUCCAUCUUCCAAAUCUUCUGAAUUGAUCUUGCAUGUGUGUGUGUGUGUACACACACACACUAGCAAGGAUCGCACUGUGUGCGAUGAGUGCCCCAGUUGAUGAGUACAUCUUCUCUAGUUGGUAUUGGCAAUGUAAUUGAGGUGAAUUCAACUGUAAUAGUUGCUAUAAACCCCUUCUGUUGAUUCAAUAUCUUCUGAUAUUUUAUUCUUUUUUGAUUGGACUGACAAAUAAAGGAAGGGAAAGUUU